GUCCUAGUGUCUUUAUGAAGCACUCCUAUGAUUUUCCAUGCGGUUGUCGAAAGCUCGAGAAAGGGGAGGAGCGAAAUCAAGACUCCAGGCUAACUUAACCAAGGUUUGCUGCAACACAUAUGCUUUAGGGGAGACAAUGGCUGUUUCAGGACAGUCUGAUGACUUAGAGACAUGCUUCUCUUCAGUUCAACAUGUUCAACAUACUGCUGUUCGUGGAUCAGGAUCAAAUAAUGCCAUUUUUCAAGAAUCAAGAUUAGAUGUUAGAAAUGACCAAUCUGGAUCCAAAAAUUCCUGUGGUGUGAGACGCAAUGGUUUUGUACGGCAUCCUGUCACUGCAUUAAAUGAACGUGGCAUAGAGUAUAGGAAGUCAAAAUCUAGUGCUGAUGUCAACUUGAUUAUUCCUUUUAAUCCAAAGCCUCAUGUGAUAAGUCAAAUAAAUUCUGAAGUUCAUCAUUUUGCUAAUCGGUAUAGUCAGUUGGGAAGGAUUCCUCCAUGCACUAAUCAGGGCCAGGAUAUGUUUUCUGUUAGACACAAUCCUGGGCAGUUCAGGUCUACAAGACAGGCAGCUGACAAUAAAUCUUGCUUUAAGAUGUCUGGGAAUUAUAGUUCCUAUGUUGUCGACGAUGAAGCCUCGACAAUACAAGCUCGUGGUCCUCGGUUCAAUAAAUCUGAGAGCUAUGUGGUUGCUUCUGAAAAAACAAAUAUUUUGGGUUUUUCUAUUUGCAGAGACAAUUUUAACAAGUCAGACUUUCAAACCAAGUAUGAGCAAGCAUUAUUCUUUAUGAUAAAGUCAUAUUGUGAAGACAACAUUCAUAAAAGCAUUAAAUAUAGUGUCUGGUCAAGUACUCCAUAUGGGAACAAGAAGCUAGAAGAUGCAUACCAAAAUGCAGAGGCAGAAUCAAGAGUGAAUGGUAAAAUAUGUCCAAUUUUCCUUUUCUUCUCGGUUAAUUCUAGUGGGCAAUUUGUUGGCGUGGCUGAGAUGGUAGGGCCAGUUGAUUUCAAGAAAAACUUGGAUUUUUGGCAGCAAAACGGGCGGGGUGGCUUUUUUCCAGUAAAAUGGCACAUAAUAAAGGAUAUUCCUAACAGGCACUUCAAGAAUAUUACCCUUGAGAACAAUGAUAACAAAGUUGUGACCUUUAGUAGGGAUACUCAGGAGAUAGGUCUUCCACAAGGUCUGAACAUGCUGAAUAUUAUGAAAGCUUAUCCCUUGACAACAUCAAUCUUAGAUGACUUUGAUUUCUAUGAAAACCGGGAGAAGUCACUCUAUAAAGCAAAGAGCAGUGAGCCAGUAAUGCUUCGAUCAGGAGUUGGAUUUUAUAAGGAGGAAACUUCCCUGAAUAAUCUAGAAAGAAGUUUUGAGAAGUUGGAUGUGUGUGCAAGGCCCAAUAGAACCUCUAUCUGUCAGAAGUCUUCAUUUGAUUUUCGUACAAGAAACCUUCCAUUCAAUUCUCAGUUAGGGAACAAAUGACAAUCUAGAACAGGUGUUUGCUCCGCAACUGCACAUUCAAGCACAUUUGAAAGCGUGAUGGUAAAUACUUGAUGAACCCUUAAUUUGAGUUUUAUGAUCCUAUUUUUUGAUACAAAUGUCAGCAGUCUUAAUCACACACUUGUAUUGAUUGCGUUCCGAUUAAACUUGUUAGAUUUAUUGGAAUAUUUAUGCAAGGGAGAAAUAGCAUUAGAAUGGUUCAUUGUCAGGAUACAAAGUCAGGACAGUAUCAAUUAGCUUAGUGUGACAAAAGUACUUGGAGUUUGAAUGGUUGUUAAACAAUUCAGUAUUAAUCUUUAAUGUUGAAGACUCCUGAUACACUUUUAUUUUCAUAGUUUUUCUGUCUAGAAAGCAAACAAAAAUUACAGACAAAACUAGAAUACGAGAAAGUCUUCGAUAAGUGAUGGGCAGUAGCUUUCCUACCAGACAGGUUGACCUUUAUAUCAGAGUUCUCUACCACCAACCAUUUAUCAACUGCCAAAGUGUUUUAAUUUUCCAUUACUAUGAAUGUAGAAUUAAUUAUACA